CAUGCUUCGAAGUAUGACCCACUGAUUUGUAGCAGACUGCACUAAGGGCACUGAUUUCGCUCUCUGCGAUUAUUCGUGCACUUUUGCAAACAACUCACAAUGAACACGACAAAGAUUUUUAAGUGGAAUGACGCCCAUUUCUGUUCGCUAUCGUCACAAACUAAUGUUUAUGGAAUGUCAAAAAUAAGAACUGAAAAUAAUACAAACAAAUUACUAGUGUCCACCAUUCACAGGAACUUCUUAUCGAUAGAAUACCAAAAAACUGGUGACAAACUCACUCCACUGACUAAAGAUAUCUUGUUCACAUACAUUCCAGGAGAUGCAGAGAUUGUGUCCAUGGAUGCAAUGACAAGACUACCUCCGAACAGAGGUCUUGUUGUUGGCAUCACUUUUAUCAAGCCAGAAGACCAAGAAAAUCGACCCAUCAGUCAGAUGCUUAUUUACUCUGGAGCACCUUUAGGUGAAGAAAAUGUGGAGGAAAGCAUUGCAGGAGAAAGCAAAUUAGAAGUUAUGACAGAUGGAUGCCAACACAUUCAUCUGGAGUUCAGACCAUUCUUGUUGACACAUACUGCGUUGAAAAUACAGCAGAAUACUGAACCCGAGGCUGUCUUUUUACUCAGCGGCUCAGACUGCAAAGUCCACAUGUAUCAAGAGAUUCCUGCAGAGCAUGGAUUCAGAGAGGAACCAUGCGAGUGCUACUUUCCUGAAUUUGUUAAUUUAAAUAACAGUGUACUUCAGCUGGUCAUAAAGACAACUGAUUGCAGUCACAGAUUAACCGCCAUAGGACUACAAGAUGGAGAAGUCAGGGUUACUUUAGUUGACACUGAUAAAAAAGAAAUAAUUAAAGUGUGGACUGCUGAAAUGGACAGUCCAGUCACAAGUCUCAGUUUUUUCUCCCAUUUGAAGUGUGUGCCCUGUCCUUCAUUUCUUGAAGCCUUCAAAAUAAGUAACAGUUGCCAGAAUAGUCCUGCAGCUGAUUCGGUAGAAUCAUUGGAGAUUAACCUUCUGAUGAGUAGUGCUUUAGGACAAGCUGCUGUAUACAGAGAUGUCAUCGGACAUGGAUUGUCAGAAGUCUUAUGGCUACCAGACAGCGACCGAUAUGAUGUAGCACUCUGUAGUCUUGCAGCUGAUAUUGACUUUGAUGGGCAGAAUGAAAUUCUUAUAGGAACAUAUGGACAGGAGGUACUGGUGUACAAGUACUUCCCCACUAAGGAAAAAUCUGUGCCUGUUGAAUCUGAUGAAAUGUCCAGUUGGGGUGUGGAUGUUGUUGCUGACUUACGAAACACAAGACCAUACAGCAUGGGUGACCAGGCGGAUGACUCAAGUAAACAUCGGCACAAGUCUGAUGAAGGAAGUGCAACUGAGAAGACUCUACCACAAAGAAAAGUCAAGUCUGAAGAAGAUUUGUCCCUGUUAAAUGACUUCAACAUAGACUUAAGUAAAAAAGCUGCAGUGAACACUGGUCACCAGAUGCAAGUGAGGACAGUCCAAGAGCCUCAUUACAAGCUGCUGUGGCAGCGCAGUUUUCCGUGCCCCGUCAUGAAGCUAGACUGUGCAGAUAUGAUGGGAGAUGGUCUUGAGAACUUGAUUGUCUUAACAUUGCACGGCGUCCACAUAAUGCAGCCUGAUUUGAAUGAAGUGUCAGCACUCUUGAGCAGCCGUCUGCAGCAGCUUUGUCUUUCCAAACCAGAAGCUGCUGCUGUGUGACAAACUUAAUCUUACAUGUUCAUCUUAACCCUUUUAAAGGGCAUUCCUAUUUGUGCAAUAGAAAGGUCUGGUUGAAAGACUUUGCAUUUACUGACAUAAGCAAGGCUGGACGUUUCAUGCCAUCAUUGUUUAAUGCCUUAUUGUGUAUGACAAAAGAUGAUUGUAUGUGCCAAAAGGUAAAAGAGAAGAAAGCUUUUUUCUUUUCUUGGAUGAAGUGUUGGUUAUUUUCUCCCUUACCUUUCUUUUGACUGACUGUAAUCUUUAUCUCCUCCUCCAGUCACUGAGCCCUAAUUGGUUGUAAGCACACCCUGAUAACACCAGUUCUUACCAUUUUGUUUUGGUCCUGUGGCAUUUCUAGGACCUAAUAGGCAUGAUAUUCUUGGACAAUAUUGUGACAGAUUAGUAUGACAAUUGACUGAUAUCAAACUUAAUUGUUUAUCCAGAUGAAAUAAAAUCAUGUGUAAAUGCAA